AUGUUCUCCACAUGCCUACUGCUGCUGUUAUCGGCUGCAUCUAAUAUUGAAAGCAUCGAACUGGUACAGCCAGCUGCCAUGGUUGUUAAACCAGGGGAAUAUUUUCUGUUCCCUGUAAGAUUACUGGACACUCAGCCACAAGUGAUUGUACUUAUUGGAUACGACACUCAUCAGGGCAAACAAUGGAAUGAAUUGGCUGGUUUUGUUCUACUGGGCCCAGCACUUACCAGGUUUGGAUUAGCAGUGUCACUCCUAGAAGCCAUGUUCCACAUAUCUCUGUUCGCCUUAGUUUUAUCCUGUGUGUACUGCAAUACAGAUCAUGACCAGCCCAGUUCAAUGGCCACGAGGACUAGGCGGUCUUUGACCAUUCCCUGUAAGAUUUUGGGCUAUUCCCCCAGUGACAGCUCCAAGGAACCUUCAUGGAUGAGACAAGCUCAGGGGAAGACUCUUGAAUUCAUAGGCAUGAUCCAUGCAAGCGGGAGCACAGACUACAAGGAUUCACUGAAGAUGAAAUUCAGCAUCUCUAUAGACACCUCUAGCAGCACAGUGUUUCUAAAAGGAGAUAAUCUGCAGCCUGAAGACACAGCUGUGUAUUACUGUGCUUGGUAUACCAGCACAGUAACACAGGUCACCUUGAGACCAGCUACCCAUCUGAAGUGGAAGCUGGAGACUAACGUAGCUCUUGAAAACCUCAAAGCUGCUUUUGCCAGUGACUGUGUCCACUCUCAGAUUGUCCUCACAUAG